AUGCUGGAGACAGCUAAACCUCUUCGAUUCAGUCCUCUGUGGCUCUCAGAUAUAGGGUGGCUUUAUGCAGCAUUAGGAGAGGCCUUUGACUGGAGAAAUGGAGAGAUGGAGGAUAGGCAGGUAGACUUUGAUAGUGUGGGUCUCGGAACUCUCAGGCACAAAGGUAGGCAUAUCACAUACCACCUAAAUGGAGUGACCAAAAAGCAGAUGCUGAGGGAAGGGACUCUUGACAAGCAUAGAAUAUACCCACCCUCCUUUAACAAGUUUCCUGAACUUGGCUGUACCAAACUCAAGAUUGAGGUCAGCAGGCCCAUGUGGACAAGAGGAGGGUUUGUGUACGGGGCUGAAUCGCAGUGUGGUGUAUUCGGCAGUGGCACACAGUUGACCGUCCUUGGUCAACCCAAGGCCUCCCCCUCAGUCACUCUGUUCACGCCAUCCCCUGAGGAGCUCCAAACCAACAAAGCCACACUGGUGUGUCUCAUCAAUGACUUUUACCCAAGUGUAUUGACAGUGAACUGGAAGGCAAACGGAUCCCCCGUCACUCAGGGUGUGGAGACCACCAUGCCCUCAAAACAGAGCAACAACAAGUAUGCUGCCAGUAGCUAUCUGAGCUUAUCACCUGAAGAGUGGAGACGUCAGGGUUCAUACACCUGCCAAGUCACGCAUGAAGGAAGCACCACGGAGAAGACAGUGGUCCCUGCACAGUGUUCUUAGGUCCUGGACCUCCCCCAUCCCAGGGAGUUUAGAGCUUGGGAGCCCAGGGGAAGAUCUUCCUCCAUGCCACGUUGUCCGCCUUACUCCCUGCACUCAAUCACCCUCAAUAAAUAUCCUCACUGUCAAGCAGAAA